CUAAUGUUCAAUGACACAAAUAUUUAUACACUCUUUCGCAUUUUGCGCUUGAGGUCCAAUUCAUUUCACUGCAUUUCGGUUUUGCCUCCUUCCUCUAAUGUUCAAUGACACAAAUAUUUAUACACUCUUUCGCAUUUUGCGCUUGAGGUCCAAUUCAUUUCACUGCAUUUCGGUUUUGCCUCCUUCCUGGUGCAUAUGUGCUGCAGAUGAUAUCUCCGCAACGAAAAUCGCAGUAAAAAGGUCAGGAUAUCAUCUCUAUUUCAUGGGCUCGAGAAGAACUAUACCGCCAGCAUAUGACGAACGAUUGCGUCGUGGGCCAUUGCCUCCUCAUCCUCACCAUCCCAGGGAACAAAUCCCUCUUGCCGUGCUUUUAGAGGACAAAUUGGCAUUACAGGUGGCGGAAAUAGAAAGACUCACUAGGGAUAACCGUACACUAGCGUCCAGCCAUUUGGCCCUGAGGCAGGAUGUUGUGGCUGCAAAGCAGGAAGCAGAUAAAUUUAGAGAAAAUAUCCAGAGUAUCCAAAAUGAAGGGGAUAUUGAAAUUCGAAUUUUGUUGGACAAGAUCGAGAAAUUGGAAGCUGAUAUAAGGGCCGGGGAGAAUUUAAUGAAGGAACUUGAAGAGGCGCGGGGUGAAGCCAGGGAUUUAGAGACGGAAAAACUGGAGUUGAUUGCUAAAAUCCAGCAGGCUAACAUAGAAUUGGAGAAUACUCGUGCGAAUGUUAAGAAGCUUCCAGAAAUGCACGUGCAGCUUGAGGGCUUGAGGAGCGAGCAUAAGAGGUUAUGCAAGACUUUUGAGUACGAAAAAGGCUUGAACACGAAGAAAGUGGAAGAGAUGAGGAAAUCAGAGAAAGAUCUUAUUGCCUUGGUUGAAGAAGUAGAGAGAUUGCGAGCGGAGCUAAUAAAAGCCGAGCCGAGGGCUAGUGUUUCAAUCCCACAAGGUCCUUACAUAAACUCGGACAACUUGCAUCCAUCUACACAUCAUGGGAACAGCAGCUGUCCAGACACUUCUGGCGGGCCUUAUCUUCAAACGAUUCGCGGGCCCACAGUAGAUGGGGCUAACCCAUAUGCUGUUGGUGGAUUUGUGGUUGGGCCUCAAAUUACAAACGGUCCAGUGGUUGAAGUUGCUGCUAAUGCCGCUGUUAAUCCUUCCUGGGGACGGAACCUUAAGGUUUUGGCCUUGCGCGAUCGUGAGGUUUUGAAAGCGCUCGAAACAAGAUCAAUGGCAAUCGAAUUUGGCUUCCAAAAAAGGAUUUUCGAGGGGAACAAGAUGCUCGAUGAGAUGCAGAAGAGAGGGCUCAUGGCAUGUUUGCCGGAAUACGAAGCUGAGAUUGAGCUAAAAACUGCUCCUGCUGAUUUUCGGUUCCCAACCACAAAUCAAACCAGGCAUUGUUUCACCCGUUACAUUGAAUUUCACAGGUGUGUGGCUGCUAAGGGUGAAGAAUCUGAUGAUUGUGGUAAAUUUGCCAAAUACUACCGUUCCCUUUGCCCUGGCGAAUGGAUUGAUAAGUGGAAUGAGCAGAGGGAGAAUGGAACGUUCCCUGGGCCUCUGUAGUUUGUCUGCUGUUUAAAAUUUUCAGUUUGAACUUUGAAGCUCGUUUGCUUGAGUUUGGUAUGAAAUCAAAUAAACUGAAAAAAUUGUAGUAAAUGUUUGAUUGAUGUUUCUUAUGUUUCUUUUGUCCAAAUGCACGAGUUGCUCAAAGCAAACUGAUGCAUUUAAAAUUUGAUAGAGAACAUUGUUCUGAGCCAAUUAAACAUUGUAUAAUUGGUGUUUAUUUGGGAGUUAACUGUUUUAUUUUGCUGUUUUUAGUUGUUGAUGAAUUGAUUUAUGCUGAAUUGUUGUUCGAAUCUGAUCAAUAAAUUGUUGACUGAA